AUGGCGGCUUUGGCAUUCAAAGUGGCGAGCUUGGCCAGCGCGAAGUUGUCUUUGAAGUCUUUGGGCUCUUCGCUCCGGCACCUCUUCUUGCUGGGGAGCCCCAUCUGCCUGCUCCCUUUCUACCGACUCCAGGUUCUCCGCGAGGCGCCCCAGCUCCAGGUCUUGGACGGCUUGGCGCCCAGUGAGGAGGAGCUGGCAGAGGCCGAGAAGCAGGAGGCCGAGAAGGAGGAGGCCGCCGAGGAGCAGACCGCGUCCGCGGCCGUGGGCGGUGCCGGCGGUGGACCCGAGUGGUGUCGCAUCACGUUAGCUCUCGGCCAGCUGAAGAACCAUCAGGAGCUGCUCAGAGAGGCGCUGCUUUCUCCCGGCGAGGAGGAGGCCUUUGCGGAGGCCCAGGCGGAGCUGCAAGCGGCGGAUCCCAGCGCCGAGGUGGUCGAGAGGGACGCUCUGGCCGAGAAGUGCGGCCAAGAGAGCCAGCUGGCUCUGUCCUUCCAACUGCCCAGCGGCAUCUGGGUGGCCACGAGCAGCAUCAACCUCUGCAAGAAGACCUACGAGGUGGAAGAGGGUCAGCCUCCCCCCCCGGUAGUCCUCAAGGAAUCCUUGAAGCUCAAAGCCUUGCGGCAAGAGACCGGCGAGCCUCUGAGCUUCGACUUCCGCUUCGAGGAGGACUUGAGCGGCUUGCGUGCUCUUCGCCAAUGGCUCCAGCGGGGCUUGCAGCUGAAGCUCCACUACCUUCCCAAGCCCAAGGAGAAGGAGGCGGAGAAGGAGGCGCCCAUUGCAGAAGAGGAGGCCGCGGCGGGGGAGGCCGCGGUGACGGAGGAGGCCGCGGUGACGGAGGAGGCCGCAGAGACGGAGGCCCAGAGGCCGAAGAAGGCUGCGAGUGUCUGCUUGGGCGGCUGCGUCCUUCCUCUCUCGAGCUUCCUGCAGCGGACGCCCUCCGGAGGGGAGUGGUCGUCGGGCUGCCCAGAUCCCUGGCCUCACGCGGCGGAGGUCGCCGUGGUGCCCGUGGCCCGCUGGCUGGACCCGGAGAUCCAAGUUCCCAAGGAGAGGGAGAACAGGGAGAAGGAGAAGGCCCAGCCGGGUUCGGCGCCCUCUGCGCAGCUGGAGCUGGUGCUCAGCUUGUACUCCAUGCCCUUGGAGGAUGUCGUGGAGUCUGAAGAAGAGGCACCACCGGCCCCCAAGGCGAAGGCCAAAGCAAAGGGCAAGAAGGGCAAGGGCAAUGUCCGCCCUUUCCGUCGCAGUUCUGUCACUGCCGGCACCAAAGACAGGAUCCCCGAUGAAGGAAAGCCACUCGCACCGGGGAUGGUUGAAGCGAGAGUUUCGGCGCUGCGGCCUCUGUACAAAGCCUGUUUCCGAAUACUCCGCCUUCUGGCCGCCAUAGAUCCAGAUUUCGACGCCGUCUUGCGGAGCAACGCUGGAGCGGAGGUGACGCUUCAGCAGGAGGUCUUGGGCCUGGAGUGGCUUGGGAUCAAGCGGCCCUUCCGAUUGCGCCUGCAGGCAGGCAGCGCUGCAAGGAUGCAGUCGGCGCUCUCCUCGGUGCGGAAGCUCGGCGACUUCCCAAGCAAGGCCGCGCUGGGCCAGGCGGAGGGGGAGCUGACGGAGCUGCUACAAAGGUGGCGACGGCUGCCGGUGUCCCCGAACGAAGUCCCCGCCCUUCUCAGGCGCCGGGCCUUUGUCCGCCUGCGCGCUGGCCGGCCGCAGGAGGCCCAAGCAGACUUAGUUGAGGCUCUGCAGCUCUGCGAGGCAUCCAAGGCCAACCCCCUUGUCCAGUUUGACGAAAUGCCCAAGGUUCUGGUGGCACGUGGCAACGUCCUCAGGGCUUUGGAGCAGUGGGAUGCGGCCGUUGCCGACUAUGACCGGGCAGCGGAUCUUUUCGGCGAGCCCCUGGAGGACUUAGAGCUGCUAGAGGGCCGGGCCAAGGCCAAAGUUGGCCAGCAGCAGCCACUGGCAGCCGCGGAAGACUUCGAGGCGGCGGCGGCACUGCUGCGUUCUGCCGGCCGCCGCCCCGAGGCCGAGCUCCAAGCGGAGAAGGCCGCGGUGGCGCUCCUGGCGGCGCAGGAGCUGGCCAAGGCGGAGCUGUGCUUCGUGGACGUCAUCCGCCGCUGCGUGGGCCUGCUCAGCAAGGACGUCGGCCUGCUCCAAAGAGUUGUUCAAGCUGAUUCCGACGCAAGGAUGGCAAUGGUCGCCAUCUCCUGGCACAAGGGCGACGUCGAAGUUGCCGAGACGUACUGGCGGGAUGGCUGUGAUCGAUUGAACAUCUUG